GGCGCGUUCGCACGGUGUCGGUCUUCCGCUGUCGUGAUCGUUCGCGGCAGCGUACGCCGCGGCGUCGGCGCAUCGAGAGCCGGAGUUACGCGCGCGCGAGUGUACGGUGCGUCCGAUUUCGCGCGGAUCCAACGGAGGAACGAGAAACACGACGAGAGGCAUGUGCGCGAAUGGUGUAUGGUGACCGUUGAAACUGAGCGCGCGGACCGAGGGAGCUUGGACGGUGCGAGCGCGUCGAGUGCGGGACAAAGGAGAGGGCAUCACCGACCCGCGGGACGAGAACCACCGAAGGACGAGGGGGUGGAGGGGGACGGGGAAAAACCGUCGACGAUGAUGGGAGGACGCGUGGCGAGGCCCGGGGCGGGGCCCCGGCCUCUCGUCGCGCCGAUCGCUGCCUUCGUCGCUUGCGUGCUGCUCUGCGGAACUCUUGCGACUGCAACGAGAUUGAGGCACUCGAGACACCUGGACGCGAGAUCACAGUUCCUGGGCGAGGAGGAAUUACCGCUCGAUGAAAAUCACAACCACAAGCCGGUGUUCUCCAAUUGCUCGAAUUACGCGCCCGUGGUGAAGGAGGAGGAGUCCCCUGGCACGGUGGUGAUUCAGGUGCACGCCGAAGACAGAGAUCCACCGGAGGAAGGAGGUACUAUCACGUACAGUUUCGUGACUUUUCCCGAUGAGAAGCUAAAAUUCGAGAUCAACAAUAAGACGGGUCUCAUCAGGACGACUCAGAUGCUCGACAGGGAUGAGCCCGCCAGGGAGAAAGAGGCCUAUCUUACGGUGUUGGCAACUGACAAUGGCAAGCCACAGUUGGAUGACGUGUGCACAUUUAAGGUCACCAUCGAAGACGUCAACGACAAUGAGCCCGUCUUCGACAAAGUGGUCUUCCGUGGAUACGUGUGGAAGGCAUAUACGGAAUCUGUGCCGCAAGAUUUACCGGUUGGCCGUGAGGUCAUGAGGGUUUCCGCCACCGAUAUCGACGACGGUAACAAUUCCGUCGUACGAUAUAGCCUGUCACCUAAGAAGUUCGAUGAUGCUGUGUACUUUCGGAUCGACCGCGAAACCGGUGUCAUAUUUCUCAGCAAAGUUAUAGACCGCAAUCCGGAUUAUAAAUUCAGCAUGACUGCCACUGCCGAGGAUCUUGGCGAACACCCAAAGUCCAGCGUCAUUGAUCUUGACAUACGAGUUGUGGAAUCACACAAGAAGGCGCCUGCUUUUCUACCGAGACCAGCGGAGCCAAUUAAACUUCAGGAGAAUUUUAGCGACUUUGAUGGCAGUAUUGUCCGUUUAAAAGCAGUUUCCAAUAUCGAAAACUCCAGCAAUUCGGACAAUUCGUAUCUACUCUUCGAGCUCGUUACUGGCAGAACGGAGCAGACCAACAAGAAGAACACUUUUAGAUUAGAAUCCAAUAAGGACGUAGCAGAUAUCAAGCUCUCGCAACACCUUAAUUACGAGAGUAACACGCAAUAUUCGUUAAUAGUACGAGUACAAAAUAAGUAUCAGUUGGCCGCCGAAACGGUGGUCGAUAUCGAAGUUCUCGACGUAAAUGACAACAUUCCAGUCUUUCGCGAUAUCAAGAAAGGAAGCGUACUAGAAAACGAACCACGAGGUGUUCCCGUGAUGCAGGUGCGGGCCAUCGAUGCCGAUGGAACUUCCGCUAACAAUCAGGUGAGUUACGCGUUGGACAACUUCAAGGACCUCUUCGCCAUCGACCCUCAAACUGGCAAUAUCACGACAUUAGUAACGUUCGAUAGAGAGGUCGAAGACACGUACAACGUUAAAGUAAUAGCAAUGGACAAUUCGCCGAGCGCUUUGUUCAAAACUGGCGAGCACAAUAAGGGGCAACAGGUGUUUCGAAUAGAGAUCGCAGACAAGAACGACAAUCCGCCUCGCUUCACCCAAAAAGUCUACACCCAUAAUUCGAUUUACGAAAACGCGAACAUCAACGCGCCCGUGACUGAAGUCAAGGCCGUUGAUUCCGAUACAGCGAGUCCUGUCACGUACAGCAUCAUAUCAGGAAAUACCGAUGAUAGUUUUUACAUUGAAGGCACGACGGGGAAGAUUCGCGUGAACAAGCCGCUGGAUUACGAAAAGAUCACCAAGUAUAAUUUGACUGUAAGAGCUUUCGACGGUGUAUUUAAUGACACGGCGCAAGUAGAGAUUUUUAUCGAAAACGUCAACGACAAUCCGCCCGUGUUCGAAGAUUUUAAUAAAAAUCCGACGAUAGAGGAAGAAAAACUGGUGGACGGAUGUAUCACCACUGUGGUGGCUUACGACCCAGAUAUCGAAGACAGAAGUGCCGAUCAACAUAUCACCUAUUUUAUCGUGAAAGAAGAUGCAACCUUGAUAGGAAUCGACAAAUCUGGUUGUAUGAGAUUGAAAAAGCCAUUGGACCGGGAUCCACCGAACGGUUAUUCAAUGUGGACCGUCAUCGUGAUGGCGAGAGACGAGGACGGCUCGUCUACGGCCCUGCGGGAGCUGGUGAUGGUUAAUAUCACUCUCAUAGACAUAAACGACAACGCACCCUUUCUCGAUAUGCCAUAUCCUGUCAUCUGGGGCGAAAAUAAACCGCACGGCAAGAUAACCGAGCUCAAGGCACGGGAUUACGACUCUGACGAGAACGGGCCGCCGUUCGAAUUCCGGAUAGACGAUACCGCGGACGACGAGAUCAGGUCCAAGUUCGAUAUUCGCGAGACCAAUCUGUAUGCGCGGGUAGUGUUCGACCGCGAGGAGCGAAAGAGCUACGACAUACCGAUUGCAAUCACGGACAGCGGUGUGCCGCCUAUGACGGGCACCUCGACGCUCACUGUGAUCAUAGGCGACGAGAACGACAACGCCAUGCAGGAGGGCUCGAGUUCUAUAUUCGUUUACAAUUACAGAGGAGAGGCCCCUGACACGGAGAUCGGACGCGUUUACGUCAACGAUCCGGACGAUUGGGAUUUACCGGAUAAAUCGUUCGACUGGGCUUCCCCUCACGACGGAUUCCGUCUGAACAAGAGCACCGGCAUGAUCACGUUGCUGUCGGGCACGUCAAACGACACUUUUGUGUUGAAAUUCGUCGUCUCUGAGAAAGGCCUUUACGUUAAGCCACAUCGAGUACACGCGUACGUGAACGUCACCGUUAAGGAACUUCCGGAAGAAGCUGUGGACAGAUCCGGCUCUGUACGAUUCUACGGAAUCACGGCGGAACAGUUUGUAGAGCCGGACGAAUCUGGCGUCAGCAAGAAGGAGAUAUUCCAGGAGAAGCUGGCAUCUAUGCUGAACACGUCCAUCGAGAAUGUCGACGUGUUCACGGUGCUGCAUUCACCGCAUUACAACAAUAAGAGCUUACUGGACGUCCGUUUCUCGGCGCAUGGCAGUCCCUAUUACGCCCCGGAGAAGCUAAACACCAUCAUAGCGCAACAUUCGAAAGAGAUCGAGCGGGAGAUGAAGGCGGACAUUUUAUUAGUGAAUAUCGACGAGUGCUUGUUCGAGCAGGUACAUUGCAACAGCUCGUGCCGCAGUUUCCUGAACGCCAGCACCGUGCCGUACGCCGUGUACACAAACACCAGCUCGUUCGUCGGCGUUAGAGCGGUCGUGGAUCCGCAAUGCACGUGUCACGUGGCAGAACCCAUCACCACCUGCUUGAACGGCGGGACUCCUCUCGCACAACGAUGCGAGUGUCCACCUGGUUUAGAAGGUCCGAGAUGCGAACUAUUGGGCAUUGGCUUCCACGGGGACGGAUGGGCCGUCAUGCCGUCGCUUGGUCAAGCCUGCGACGAUUCGCAUCUAGGAUUGGAGUUAACGCCGCACGUGGACAACGCUCUUGUGUUCUACUUCGGCCCUAUGACUUACAGUCCCAAACUUGGGGUUCAAGAUUUUAUGGCGCUAGAAUUGCAGAACGGCUACGCCGUGCUGUACGUCGACUACGGGACAGGAACCGUAAGGCUAGAUCACAGGCAAAUUAAGUUGACGGACGGCAAGAGUCACAGAGUAGACGUUCUAUGGACAAAAACUACGAUAGAGUUGAAGGUGGACAAUUGCGGCAUAUCUGCUUGCUUAAGUCUCACCGCGCCGCAAGGAACCAAUGAAUUUUUAAAUGUCAAUAGCCCGAUGCAGGUCGGUGGGACGGUGACGAAUUUAGGGUAUUUGGCAUCGAACUUCGAGUGGAAUCACAAACCAACCGACAAGGGAUUCGUUGGCUGUAUACGAAAUAUGACAAUUAAUGGAAAUACGUACAACUUGGGUAUGCCGGCGUUGUACAAAAAUGUAGAUCCCGGCUGCAAUCACGGCAUGGCGAAGGCCGUCUCAUUCGGCAUCGAUACAAACUUUAUAGUGGCUAUACUGGUGUGCGUGUUGAUACUGCUGAUACUGCUUGUGGCAGUGGUCGUGCACAGAAGAAAGACAGACGACUUGUACAAGGAUAUGGAUGAUAUUAGGGAAAACAUAAUUAAUUAUGAGGAUGAAGGAGGCGGCGAGGUUGAUACGGGAUAUGAUCUGAACGUGCUGAGAGCUAUCUACGAUGCACCGCCUCUCGACUCUAAGAUAGCUCCUGUUGGCCUACAGGGUAGAGCGAAUGAUGAAGUGCCGGACAUCUGCGGUUUCCUGGAUGGUAAGAAAGAAAGCUGCGACAAGGAUCCAGACACAAAUCCAUUUGACGACGUAAGACAUUACGCUUACGAAGGGGAGGGCAAUUCGGAAGGCGAUCUGUCAUCGUUAGCUUCUUGUACCGACGAUGGAGAUCUCAAAUUCAAUUAUCUAUCUAACUUUGGACCAAGAUUCAGAAAAUUGGCGGAUAUGUAUGGGGAAGAUCCAAGCGACGAGGAGAGCGACGGAGUCGGUGAACGAGAGAGCGAAAGCUGGUGUUGAGUUUCUUAAACCGAAAAACUUUGUAGGCGCAAAAUUGUAAUGCAGUUUGCAGAUUCACCCUAAUUCGUAUUCAGCUGAUCCAUUAGACCAGAGAUACGAGUGUACACAUCCGUGCGUUCUCGCAGCUUCGAGCUUCCAGCGACGGGAAAGAAACGAGGCUCUACUGUACUUAAAAUCGACUUGUCUGGUCUCAUUCGUCAUUUGAUCUAGUGCAACGAGGGAGGUCGUGGAGAGCAUUACGCGGUCCUGCCGUUACGAUACGUGUAAUUGCAAGCGUGAUUUAUUAUAGUAGACGGAAUAAACUUCGCAGUGAUCGUGAGUGACCGUACGGACGCUACAUAAAUUUCGCACACCUCGCGAGAGUGAUGCGUGUCUCAUAUACUGAUUCUUAAAUGAAUUUUUAUAUCGUGUCGGUGAAACUUAGCGUGUUAUGUUAUACUUUUACACUAGGAGUGAUAUAUGUGUGCAUAAGUGGGACGAGAGAGAAUAGUGCGUUCACUUGUACGUUGCGCGAGAGUAAUGGACGUUAAAAAAACUCUGGAUUAUCAUUCAGUGUUCUCGUUGCAUUUCGACGAGUAUGUUGGACAAUCGACAGUUCUAGACACACGCGAUAUCUUUUUUUUUUCUAUUCGAAUGAUUACUCACGUAUUAUUAUGAUGUACUACGAUAUGACAAACUAUAGUAUAAGCGAUCAUUUGUGGUUUAAGUUAAACUAAACUUCAUAUCCCGCGGCGUAAAUGUUGUAUUGCGUAAAGGCUUAACACUUCGUCGACCGUUCCGUUCAUGAUCGAAAUAAUUUAUUAUUACUGAUGGAUAGUGAUCAAUGUGUAACACAAAAUGACAUAUAGAGAAGAUCCUUCAGAUUUUGUUAAGGUUCUCAAAAUAAAAAUCAAAUUGCAAGCUGAAGCUAACACGCACCUCUUCUGCCUUUUUUUAUUUAAAUCCUUUUUUUGGCCCUCUAAAAUUAUUAGAGGCUUUUCUAGAUAGAAUCAUCUCUCGUGUAAAUAAAUUACGCACGGCUAAGGUAGUAUAUACGUAAGUCUUUCUUUUUUAUACGUGUCGCUAUACACAUACAUGCAUUAAUCAAGUUGGCGAAGUAUUAAGCAGAUUUUCAAAUUGUUUAUUCAUCGAGAUAGAGCGAAAGGGAAAGAGCUACUGCCUAUUUUGUUAAUAUCUUUUUUUAACAUUGCGUAAUAGCGACGAAAUGCUAUGUGACUGACUUUAGAACUCGCCGUCUAGGGAAACCUGAGUAAUGUCGUAAAAAAGCCACGUUGACUGCCACGUUCAAGAGAUGACCACCUUACCUAUGCAGACGCGUUCAUUAUCUCUUAAUGUUACAUGCAUUCCAGCAGCGAAAGGGAGGCUGCAGUCCAAUAAUAAGCCAGUUCAUAAAGCGUUAAUAAUAAUACACCGCAGUUUUGCAAUCAACGGUCUAUAACGAGAGUAUAAUUUUUAUCGAUCGCUGAUUUAUGUUCUUGAAUUUGGCAAUCACCACGUUAUGAGGUUUCCAGACUAUUUUUUAUACAUACAUUAUACAAAAAGAAUAUAUAUAUAUAUAUAUAAAGAUAUAUACAUAUAUCUUAUAUUAAAUAAGAAGGAAAGAUGAUAGAGCUAAUGCGCUAAGCGUUCAAUGGUGUAGCUGUAAGAGGAUACGAAAACGAUUCUUACGGAAGAUAAAAAGGAUAGUGCAAAUAAAAGAGGAAAUAGGUAGCUUUACUCUUUUAUUUAAUUUAUAUAGUAUUUUAAUAAUUAUAUUAUAUAUAUGGAUGAGAGUGAGAGAAAGGAAAUGUAAAUGAUUUUAUGACGCCGCGAGCGUAUGUAUGUCUAUGAAAAUCAUCUGUGUUAUCAGACACGUACGUAUUACAAUAUUACGUACGUAUUGUUAUUUCGAUACAUGUCAUCAUUUACAUACACACACACACGCGCAUACACACAGACACACACCCUUUAUACGUGUAUAUUUCUCAUGAUACCGAGAGAAAGAGAGAGAAUUAAUUGUUCUCGUCGAAAGUUUGUCCGUAACAUUGUUCCGUCAAUAGGACUUUAUCAUUGUAUAAGCAGAACCGAGUAUUCCAUAUACUAUGAUCGGAUAUAGAAGAGCGAGCGAUGAAUCGACGCAUGAAGAUCGAGUGCCAUAGCGCGCUUGAGAGAUUAAUCCUUUUCUUUAUUUUUCAUGCGGAUAUGUAAUUCUUACUGAUAAGAUCAUUCACGUGACAUUCGCAAAUAAUUCCGGAACGAUCGAUUCCGAUCGACCUCGUCGCGGAAGUGUUUGCUCCUAUUCUUCGUCGAGAAUCGGACAUUUCCAUAAAAUUAAACCCUUAUUUCUGUAUCUUCGUGUGGUUGACAAGUAUUUACGUAUGUAUACAUGGAUAUCCUUAUUUUUAAGCUUGUAGACGAGAGAAUUAUAAUGAUAUGUGUAUGUAUUGUCUGCAGGUGGUUACGUUGAGAGAGAGAGAGAGAGAGAUGUCUCGUAAAACAUCAUUAACUCUUCAAAAUUACUUUUUUUUAUUAUACUUUAUUCAAAGAACAAAAGAGCGAAUAUUUUAAUAUUCAUUGAGAUUCCAUUAAGAAAUUAAACAUCGCUUCGACGCAUGUAUUCUGUACUCAUACAGCAGAUUUUCGGUAAUUGUUUUUAAUAUUUUACAAAAUUCCGUGGAAAUAAUUGAGAGACGUUAAAUUACGUUCCUAUACAUAAAAUAUGCAAAAGUGAUUACUGUCAAUGAAUACUAAAGUAUUCAUAUAUACAUUAUCCAUAAAUGCAUAAAAGUACCAAAAACAACACCAACAUUUGCUUUUUGAAAAUCGGCUGUUGAAAGGAACUCAACGUACCGCGUAGUUUUAAUACAUAUCGUGAAAUUCAACGCAUAUAACGUGCAUCAUACGUAAAAAGAAUUACAACUUAGACGGAUGCAUGUGAUCUCAAGAGGAGAGGAUUUUCAGACAUUUUCUCUUAUGAAUGUUCACGAGCUACUUAGACGCUUGCCAUUGAAUUAUUGGAACAAUGAUUAGGACAGAAUAUGGAUAUAAUAAAUCCGUAAUGCAGUCCUAUUUAUAUAAAUUAAUGAGAUUUAUUACUCGUUGAAAUUUAUAUCUUUAUCCCCAUUAAGGCAAUAAGUGGCAAGCGUCGUAGAAAGAUGUUAUUUAGUAUAAAACUUGUAUAUGAUAAAGUUGGUAAAAUUUAAUGUAUAAUUACUGUAAUAGGUUUAACCUGUCGGUUGGGCGUACAACAAUCGCUCGACUCCCCUUUAUUAUUUUAUUAACGAGAUUAGCUCAUUACAUAUAUAGAAGCAUGAAAAGUUUAUUACUUCAUUUUUCAUGAAUUCAAGGUAUCGUUUCCAUUUUAUUCAUAUUUAAAAAAUCUUUAUUUCACACGAAAAAACCCCUCGAAAACAUUUGUCCAUAUUAAUUAACUUUCUAAUUACCAUUUCAUUUCAUACUACUGUAAAAGGCUUUAUCAUUCCAUAUGUAUAAUUGUCAUUUUUUCUAUUCUUAUUCACAAAAAUGAAAUAAAUCAAUAACGUCAUUUUUAUCGUGAUAGAUCAUAAAACAUAAAGAGUUCGUAAAUGCUGUUGAUAAAUGUUCACUCAACACUGCCUUUAAGUGAUAGAGGAAGAUUAUGGAUACACUUUGACGUGCGAGAUCUUGAUAAAUAAAUAUUCAUCGGGUUUUAACGCGUAUUUAUGUCUUAACUCUAACGCACUCUAAGGAAAAUCAUACUAUGAAAAAGAGCAAAUAAAUAGAUACGACGAUAUAACAGAGGCAUAAACGUAAUGCGCGCGCGUAUACACAGGCUUGUACAUUAUUUAGAAAUGUAAGAACUAUUGCGAACCAUUUAAUAUGUGAUAAUCGACGGCAACGCAUAUGAGCGCACCACUAUCCUUUAUCUUCGAUCCACCUUUAGCUCGAGAAAACUAUGUGUAAUUUCUUUUUUUGUAGUAAUAAAGUGAAAUUCGAAUAUAU